CAAAGAUGUAGAUUUCGAAUGACUGAUCGGAAGUCAUAUGUUUGCAGUCGGCGCGAAUUUGGAUAUUACAGCUGCUUCUAUGAGUGCUAAGGAGUCUGGUUCGUUCAAGGUUCUGAAGGAGUGUGCACGGAAUAUAGACAAAAAAAUAGUACACUUAGAGAGAGAGCUGCUUAGCCCUAGCCUCUUUGGAGAUCCCCUGAAGGCUACAGCAUCAGAGGAAUUUGUAGACCAGCGCAUUGAGGAGGUUAUCGAUAUCAAGGAAAACCUCAAAAAACUAAUUGAAGAAACAAAACAUAGCCUAGAAGUUCAGAAAAAAUUCAAUGAACAGUUGUCUGCAACAAAGAAUUCACUGAUCCAGCAAGUAGAGGAGACAGAAAGCCACUUACAGAAAUAUGGCUAUAAACCUUCACAAAGGAACUAUGGAGAUUUGUAUCCUUUUGACAUUCCAAAGAUAUGUGACUUGAGUAUUUAUAUGUGUGGUUCUGAAACAUGUACAUACAAGUACAACACCAAGUGA